AGUGGGGAAGGCUAUGCUCGCCUGGUGAGGCUCAGGGAGGUAACUCCGAGAGGGCUGCAGCGAGCUUCCGGCCGUUUUACCGGGACCGUCGCGCUAUGGCGGAGGAGGAGCUGGAGGCUCUGCGGAAGCAAAGGCUGGCAGAGCUGCAGGCGAAGCAAGCGGAUCCUGGCGAUGCAGCACAACAGGAGGCAAAGCACAGAGAAGCAGAAAUGAGAAACAGUAUCUUAGCCCAAGUUCUGGAUCAGUCAGCCCGGGCCCGGUUAAGUAACUUAGCACUUGUAAAGCCUGAAAAAACUAAAGGAGUAGAGAAUUACCUUAUACAGAUGGCAAGAUACGGACAGCUAAGUGGGAAGACUGUCCCCAAAGAUGCACAUGCACCCCACCUGCACUGGGAAGCCCUCUGCUACCACCACACCCUGGAAGUAUCAAUUCAGCCCUGGACCCCUUACACUAAAAUGUGUGGAAGACUCAGUAACAGAACAGGGUUUAAUAGAAAUCCUUGAAAAAGUAAGCCAACAAACAGAAAAGAAAACCACAGUUAAAUUCAACAGGAGAAAAGUGAUGGACUCCGAUGAAGAUGACGACUAUUGAAUUUAGGAUUCAUAGGCACUGGAACUUCAUGGGACAGUUGCAGGACAGAUAUUGCUUGGCAGAAGCUAAGAUCUGAUUGAAUGUUUACCUUGUUUACUGUUUAUAUACCUUAAAAAAAUAAACUUGUUAUGUAAAAUAAAACAAUUUGGGCAAAAUUAUUUUAGACUGUAGCUGAAUGAACAGAAGAUCUGUAUUUUGCAUUUUUCCUUUCCUACCAAAAACUUUUAAACAUGUAGCAGCCUGAAUAUAUCCUUUAUAAUUAUGACAUUAGCAUUAGGUAACAAAAUGGCUAUAGCAGAAAUAGAAAUUGCUUGAGUAGUCUUUAGUGAGAAGACAGUAGCAUCCAGUAACAUCAUGGGAGUUAAAAACCCAUUGAAUAAGCUAAAUCAACUUUAAUAUUUCCAAGACAUAGAUUCUGAAAGCAGGUGAGCUAUUUUUCUUCCUGCAAAUAGUACUUACAUGUAAGUUAAGAAUAUUCUUAGCUUUGGUUUCAUUUAUAGUCUGCUUUUCAAAGGCCUUGAGGUGUAUUAUCUAACAAAUAAUUAUCUCUAUCCAAAAAAUCUCUAUAAGUAGAGUAAUACUUGUGAUGAAAAGAAUUCUCAAAAUAGGACAUACUGGUAAUAAUACUUCAGCAAUAAUAAACAUGUUUGUAAGAGAAAUGACACUUCUGAUGAUUAAAAUCUAGUUGAUGGUUUAACAACAGUUAAACAUUUUGGUAGAAAU